GUGAAAUAUUAUCAAUAGAUUAAAUAUGGAUUGUUCAGUCUGCGAUAAGGCUUUGCCGAUUGAUAACGAUUGUGUGGCUUGUGGUAAGUGUCAAUUGGAAUAUCACUUUCACUGUUCGGGGGUAUCUAAGUCAACAUGGAAGGCGAAAAGUGCCCAAAAAAAAGCAGAAUGGGAGUGUCCUCAAUGUAGGGGUGCAGCAAGACCAAGGAAAAACAGUACUGAAGAAGAACUCACCGAUGGGACACAUUUGAUGCUGAAACGCCUAGUGGAGAAGAUGCUCAGUGACCAUGAAGCAGUGAUGGUGAAAAAAAUGGAGGAAAUGAAGAAGCUGUUCACCGGAAUUGAAGAGAAAAUUGGGGGGGUUUUAGAAGAAAUAAAAAACCUUAAAAAGAAGACAGAAAUCUUAAAAAGCGAUAUUGAUGACUUAAGAGUGGACUUGGAAUGUGAGCGACAGUAUGGAAGAAGCAGAAACAUCAUCAUAUCCAGUAUUCCGUUUUCGAGGAAUGAGGAUCUGAAAGAGAAAAUACUCACGCUUAUGAAGAAGAUGGAUAUUGAACUGAGAAGAGAAGACAUAACUACUCAUCGCCUGCCGUCGAAGAAUGCAGAAAGCCCAACUAUCCUACAGCUGAGCUCUCGAUCAGUGAGGGAUAUGAUAGUUAAAAAGGCCAGGGCGAUUAGACCUACCACGUCCAUGUUCAACGAGACCAAGACACUAGUCAGCUGUUCAAAGCCACCUAAAUGCAAGAGACAAUAA